CGGAAGUGACGGCGCCGGGGCCGCCUCCGGGGACAAUGGCCGAGGCUGAGGCCGAACGGCUGCCGGACUGGCUCCUGCUGGAGAUACUGUCCUUCCUGCCACUCGGGGACCGGGUCCGGAGUGCUAGGGUGUGUAGACGCUGGAGGAGACUCGUCCAGGACAAGACCCUGUGGAAAAAUGUCGAUCUCACGCCAUACCCGAUCAGCCCCAAGGUGCUGUGGAUUCUGCUGCGCCGUUACCUGGGCCCGGGCCUGCAGUCGUUAAAGGUGCGGGGCUCGUUGCCCCUGACUCCCCGCCCGGGCCCGCUGUCCUCCGCCCUGCUGGUCAGGCUGUCCCACCGCUGUCCCCGGCUGUCCAGCCUCAGCCUGCAAGACCAGGACCUGCGGUCCCUGCCCUUCUCAUGCCUGCCCCGCUCCCUGCGGGUGCUGGAGCUGCAGCGCUGCGAGCUGCCGGCCAACUGGUUCUCCUCCCUGGGGUCCCCGGCGCUCCAGCUGGAGCGCCUGUCGCUGGACCGCGUCCCCUCCUUCUCCAACCGGCAGCUGGAGGCCGUGUGCCAGCUGCCGGGCUUGCGAGUCCUCAAGCUGGUCGGGACGUAUCGGAUCACGCCCAUGGGGGUGCGGGGGGCCCUGGCCGGGGGCGGGGGGAAGGAGCUGGAGGCCCUGCAGCUGUGGGAGUGCGCCCUGCCCGCCGAGACCAUGAAGAACGCCUGCCAGGUGCUGCCGCGGCUCCAGGUUCUGGAGGUCGAUGGCAUCGCCGUGCAGAUGGGGCUGGAGGAGUGUGGGAAAAACUACUACCCCUACCGCCCUGGCCCAUCCGCCCCUCCCUGAGCCCCCGCCUGCCGGUCCCCGCCCACGCGGACGGGGACCGGAGAGACAGGCGGGAGCUACGGGAGUCGGCCGGCCGUCCGGUGCCUUAGAAACACAGCCGUGCUCUCCCCACCCCGCCAGCCCCGCUGGACGCCGAGGGAUGUUGCUCUCCGGCGCAAACCAAACCGCCCCCUAGAUGUGUCCCGUGAUGUGGAUCCUCCCUCACACCAGAUCCUUACCCUGCUCCGGAUCUGAUCUCCCCAGCCUCCGUCCCUCUCUCUGCAGUUUACGGUGACCGGCCGUUGCCCGUCCACCAGUCUGUGUUUGACCAAUAAAGGUGCCUAUAUGUUCG